AUGCCAGACCAGACGCUCAAGGACAAGGUCGCCAUCAUCACGGGCUCCAGCACGGGCAUCGGGGCCGCCAUUGCGCGGGAGCUCGCGUCGCGGGGCGCCAGCGUGGUGAUCAACUACCCGUUCCCGGACCUGCGCAGCGCGGGCGAGACGGUGGUGGCGUCGCUGGCGACGGCGGCGACCUCGAUCGCCGUCGAGGCGGACCUGGGCACCGAGACGGGCCCGCAGGGGCUGGUGGACGCGGCCGUCGCCCGGUACGGCCACGUCGACAUCCUGGUCAACAACGCCGCCCUGGCCAUCAACAAGCAGUUCUCGGAGCAGACGCUGGCCGACUGGAACCUGCUGGUCAACCUCAACGCGCGCGGCGUGUUCCUGCUGACGCAGGCGGUGCUGCCGCACCUGCCGGCCCAGGGCGGCCGCAUCGUCAACAUCUGCUCCAUCUCGGCGCGGGCGGCGCCGGCGCUGCAGACCAUCUACGCGGGGACCAAGGGCAUGGUGGACAGCUUCACGCGGUGCUGGGCCAAGGAGCUGCCGCCCAAGUACAAGUGCACCGUCAACGCGGUGUCGCCGGGGCCGACCAUGACCGAGGGCUUCGCGGGCGCGGGCGACGAGUUCAUGAAGGCCAUGAAGCCCGCCAUGGACCAGACGCCCGUGGACGGGCGCAUGGCCAAGCCCGAGGAGAUCGCCUUCGCCGUCGGCUUCCUGGCCGAGCCCCGCGCCAGCUGGAUCAACGGCCUGCACCUGAUCGCCAGCGGUGGCUUGCUCAUUGACUAA